UACUUUGUCCUGAUUGGAGAGGUGGAUUUUGACUGGCGCUCAGAUCGCCCUAUUGUUGGAUAGCCAUGAUCUCCGUUUUAGCCGGUGCAGCAGGUUUAACACUGCAGUGAGUGAUGUGUGUGGCGCCGGGCGAGUGGAGCGUGCUGCUGCCGGAGUCUGCGUUCAGCGUUUAUUUCUAGGAGAGCUGAGUUAGGAUGCUGCGGCAUGCGGAUGUAGAGAUCUCUGUAUAUAAAUAGCACAUCACAGCUAGGUAACGGGAUGAUGGAGACGUUGCAAACUCUAGCAGAGAGACAAUUAUUCAGCAUGCGCCACACUUUCCAAUGCUUUUAAGAAGGCAUCUGGAUAUUUGAAUAAAUUGCGGUUUUGACAUUGAGAGAAAGCAUCGUUUGUGUGUGUUUUACUGCACCUCAUUUUCUGUCAGCGACAAGACAAUUCUAGGAUUUCGCUGUCUGGAUGUGGGAUACGUAAGGACUUAAAAGUAAGUCCUUGGGAUGGGUGGGGUCCUCUAUGCAGCAAAGAGUGCGGGAGGGGGGGCGAGACAGCGGACGAGGUGCGGGGAAGUGCGAAUCCUUGGAUGGUGGGUCAUCAGAUAGGCUUCGAAAAGCAAGAAAUAAAUUAAGAUUUACACAAUUAAGCCUAUUGGAGAUUUGUGCAUGUGAUCACGGUGGAAACAAAAGUAGUAUCCCAAAAGGAGACCCUAGAGAAGAUAACAGAGCAGUUGUUGUCUGUUGGUUAGGAUUCAUGCAACUUUAAUGUGAUGAUGUCAUAGGACAUGGCUGCUUUCAGUAUCAGCAUUAAGGAUAUCGUUGCAUCCUGCUUCCCUUCUCGUCCUCUGAAUAUGCUGAAGGCCCUGGCAGGAAUCUGUUUGCUUCAUCUGACUACAAUUUUCUUCCUUUUUUGGGCAACUAUAGAUGAUGCUUGGUGGUUCACGAGGACCCUUUACACAGAUCUGUGGGGCCAAUGGGUGAUGGAGAACAAUGAUAAUGUUUGGGUGUACAUGGACAUACCAACCUCAUACCGGAAAGAUUAUCUGCAGGCAGUUCAAGGAUUUGCCGUGUUGUCCUGCCUGUUUGCUGUGUUCUCUCUGAUCGUGUUCAUAAUCCAGCUCUUUACUCUUGGAAAAGGAAAGCGGUUCAUCCUUUCGGGAGUUGUGCAGCUAAUUUCCUGUUUCUGCAUAAUGGUGGCUCUGUCAGUCUACACCGACCACUUCCACAGAGGCGAGAAGGAUGGCUGGUACGGCUGGUCCUACAUCAUGGCCUGGUUUGGCUGGCUGCUGACCCUCUUCACUGGAAUAAUGUACAUCAUCUUGCGCAAGAGAGUGGAUUAAACUUCAGCCCUCGCUCUCAGUGCUAAUGUACAGCCUAGGUUAUUCUUUUGUCAUGCAAACUUCCAUAUGGACUGACUAAUGUGCUUCAAAUCCCCUGUGCAAUACUUGAAAAAUAGAGAAAUGUCUUGAAUGUUACAGGCCCUGCUGGAAAGUGCACAACAAACAUUACACAGAAUCAACAGUUAACUUUAACUUGUGAAAAUGCUUGAAAUCUGCCAAUGAGAUAGUCUUAAGUAAAACUGGUCAAUUUCAUGAACAAAGAGAUU